CCACGCCAUUUCCACAAGCCAGACCAGAGCCUCAAAAAGAUCUCAGCUUUAUCUUCCAAAACACACACAGAAAAAAGACAAUGGCUUCCACUGCUCUCUCAAGCGCCAUCGUCGGAACUUCAUUCAUCCGUCGUUCCCCAGCUCCCAUCAGCCUCCGUUCCCUUCCAUUAGCCAACGCACAAUCCCUCUUCGGUCUCAAAUCAGGCACCGCCCGUGGUGGACGUGUCACAGCCAUGGCUACAUACAAGGUCAAGUUCAUUACCCCUGAAGGUGAGCAAGAGGUUGAGUGUGACGACGACGUCUACGUUCUUGACGCUGCUGAGGAAGCUGGAAUCGAUUUGCCUUACUCUUGCCGUGCUGGUUCUUGUUCGAGCUGUGCUGGUAAAGUUGUGUCUGGAUCUGUUGACCAGUCUGACCAGAGUUUCCUUGAUGAUGAGCAGAUUGAUGCAGGGUUUGUUCUCACCUGUGCCGCUUAUCCUACCUCUGAUGUUACCAUUGAAACCCACAAAGAAGAAGACGUUGUUUAAGCUUAGCUGCUUUUGAUGGUUGAAAGAUCCAUGUCUUUAUAAAUUUUACAUUUUGGGUUGAGUUUGUUGUCACUAAACCUUAUUGUUAUCUGUUGUAAUUGUUCCUGGUUUCACCCACCUUUUGGAAAACUUUAAUGGAUGACAUUUUAAAUUAUGCAA